UUCAAAGUAACAAUGUGGCAGCACUUAUUGCUAGUAUCACUGUUCCUAUCACUUUCCCGGCAGGUUCAAUCGGCCGACAUAAAGAUCAGUCUAUCAGACAAAUCGGAAGAUGUCCUGGUAUCGCUGAUGCACGAUAUUUCCAAGCUGUUGGGAAUCGGUCAUCCGUCGUCGCCCGGUCCGAUCGACAAAGAGGUGACUUUCAGUUGUAGAAAUCGAUUGAGUACCGGUUUCCAGCAGGUCCUGUUGAACGAUGCCAAUGUGGUUAGGAAGUUGGAUUUUAGAAAACCCGUUACCUUUAUCAUACACGGCUGGAACAGUUCGGCCAAGGAGCUACAUUUCCAGAACAUGGCUCGAAACUACACACGCUUCGUGGACAGUAGCGUGUGCCUGCUGGAUUGGUCCAACUUGGCCAGUUACGAGUACGACAUUGCCGCUCGACAGAGCCUUCAGAUGGUGGUGACGUAUUUCUCGCGGUUUUUGGGUUUCCUCAAUCUGAAAGGGAUGGACUACGGCAAGAUCACGCUGAUCGGACACAGCUUGGGAGCACAGAUUAGUGGACUGGUUGGAAAGAGUUUAAGUGGAUCGAUCGGACAGAUCUACGCACUUGAUCCUGCCGGUGUACUUUUCACACUACCGGACGAUGUUGGCGAGAAGAACCGACUGGCGCCGACCGAUGCAAAGUACGUUCAGGUGAUCUACACUUCGAAGGGCGAACUGGCCAUGGAUGUCAGUGCGGGUCAGCAAAACUUCUGGACGAACAGCAACGGAGAACAUCCGCAACCGGCCUGUGAGAAUGUUAGUAAGGACAAGGGAAUGCUGACACAGUAUUUCGAUUCGCUCGUUUGCAGUCACCGGAUCAGUGUCCUGUAUUUCACUGCCGCGCUGGAUCCCGCUGUGACUUUCACGAUGAAACGUUGCAAGGCCUAUUGGAUGUUCAAAACUGGGCUGUGCUAUUUCGGACAGAAGGAUGUGCUUGGGAUUUACGCCAAGAGAACCGCUGGUGAUUUCUACGGAGAUGUGGCUCUGCCAUAUCCGUAUGAGUCUUAGAAUGUGCGGUUUUGAAACUGCUUCAUCGAAUGAAAGGUUAGACUUGAUUCUUCGACUUUUGAGUUUAACACAACAGAAACAAUCAAUUGCCAUAAAAUCACAAAAAAAAUUGAAAUGUUUUAUCUGAAAUGACCUUUCAGGAAUAAAAAAAAAAAUUAUGGUUCUAUUUGA